UUGGAUUUGUGCGCAUUGUCAGCGCGCAUGAGUGUGGAUGGGAGAAAGGCAGCCAGCGGGAGAGGGGGGCUUAGUUGAAAUGCGCAGCGCAUUCUUGUGUGGAGGGCGAAGCGAUCAGGCAUCCGCAGGGCGGCGAGCCAUCGCAGCUCAACUCUUCCUCACGCAGGACGCACGUCCGCCUCAGCGUCGACAUCGAUCCCGCUGCUUUCUUUACAAUUAUCAGGAAAAAACAACAGCUUCUCUGCUGGGAAUUGCGCGGACGGAACCCGCGGGGAAUUGCGCGCACACUGCCGCAGAACCGGAGUUUCUCUUGGAGGAUUUGAGGACAAUGAUACCGAGGUGAGCCGGUGUCUUCGCUCUGUGCUGCCGUUUGAGCUCCGUGUCCAAAGAAAAUCCUUCACAAGAAUCUCAAGAUGUUUGCCGACAUCAUCCGCCCGCUGACCCUUACCCUGCUCCUCCUUUUGCCUUUGGGCUCCAACCAGCAGGUGCCCUCCAACUGCGUGAUCAAGAGGGAGCAGGAGAAAUGCAUGGAGAUGAUGGCGUUGCACGAUUCCAGCUCUGAAUUCGACUGUCCGUGGUUUUGGGACAACCUUACGUGUUGGCAGCCAGCAAAGGUUGGCGACGUAAUCGAGGUCAACUGUCCUGAACUCUUCUCACAGUUUAUGAGCGAGGAAGACUACGAGCUAGGGAAGGUGAGCCGCAACUGCACUGAGUUUGGCUGGUCGGAGACGUUCCCUCAUUACGUCGACGCCUGCCUGGUUGAGGAGGGAAACAGCAGCCACCCGGACAUGUACUUCGUGUCAGUGAAAGCUCUGUACACCGUGGGCUACAGCACCUCCCUGGUGUCUCUCACCACUGCUAUGGUCAUCCUCUGCAGGUUCAGGAAGCUGCAUUGUACCAGGAACUUCAUCCACAUGAACCUGUUUGUGUCUUUCAUCCUGAGAGCCAUUUCUGUCUUCAUCAAAGACGGCGUGCUGUACGCCGAAGAGGACAGCGACCACUGUUUCAUACACACUCUGGAGUGUCGAGCCGUGAUGAUUUUUUUCCACUACUGCGUCCUCUCCAACUACUUCUGGCUCUUCAUCGAGGGUCUGUACCUCUUCACUUUGCUGGUGGAGACCUUCUUCCCUGAGAGGAGAUAUUUCUAUUGGUACAUCAUCAUUGGCUGGGGAACGCCGACAGUGUGCGUGACCAUCUGGGCCGUGCUGAGGCUGCACUUUGAUGACUUUGGGUGUUGGGACACAAAUGACAAUGCUGCCAUCUGGUGGGUGAUUAAGGGACCUGUGCUAGCUUCAAUAAUGGUCAACUUUGUGCUCUUCAUCGGCAUCAUCAUCAUUCUGGUCCAGAAGCUUCAGUCUCCAGAUAUCGGUGGAAAUGAAUCCAGUAUUUACCUGAGACUGGCCCGCUCCACUCUGCUGCUGAUCCCGCUGUUCGGGAUUCACUACACCGUGUUCGCCUUUUCUCCAGAGAAUGUCAGUAAACGGGAGCGUCUGGUGUUUGAACUCGGCCUUGGAUCUUUCCAGGGCUUCGUGGUGGCUGUUCUCUACUGCUUCUUGAAUGGAGAGUAUAUCCCUCAAGGUGCAAUCGGAGAUCAAGAGGAAAUGGCGCAGCUGGACGGUGAACAGGUACUUUGCUGUGGACCUGAAGCACCGGCAUCCUUCCCUGGCGAGCAGUGGGGUGAACGGGGGCACGCAGCUGUCCAUCCUCAGCAAGAGCAGCUCGCAGAUCCGCAUGUCCAGCCUACAGGCCGAGACCCCGGCCACCUGAGCGGCUCCGGCGUGGACGCAGCGUCCGCAGACCCAUCCGGACCGGAGAAACCCACCGUGCCCACCCUCAUCCCGAUGACCAGCCUUACCAACCCGUUCCUCGACUCAUACCCGGAUGACAUCACCAUGGAAACGCAGCUGAAUUCCAGCGACCCAGAGCAGCCCCUCGUCUAAACCCAAAUGUGCCAAAUGAGGAGCUGCCGGGGAUUUGGCCGGAUGGAGGAAUCCGAUGGGAUCUGUAUAUAUUGUGUUUAAAUGUGGUGCUACAGGACACAAGGGGUCCGCUCGUGUCUCUCUCAUCAUUCCAAUCCGUCCAACACAUUUCUGCAUUCUCACUGCAUUCCUCUCUGAGUCCAGACGUCUGCAGGCUCCAGCGCAGAAAGACACUCUGACAGUGUAAAUACUUUAUUGUCGGCUGCUGUUAAUCUCGUGAACACAUAAAAAGUCUCCUGCGGCUUUGGAGAAAAGUUUUUACAAACACACGAUUGUGUUGCAUCAUGGGAAAUGUAGUAGCUUCAAAAGCUGGCUCCUAACUCCACCUCAAAGUCCCAGCAGCGACCCUUUAAAAGGAAAAAAGGAACACAAGAGUCUUUGAAAGACGAGAGCGUUCAGUGUUAUCGAUCAAGCUGUGACACAGUCCGAGGUGGAGGAGAAGGGCAAUAUUUAUUAGAGAAAGUAUUUUCUACAGUUCUGUGAAACGCCAAAAAAUUGUGAAGUGGAAAAAAAGGAAGUCAUAGGUUGGCAGCCAUUAGUACAAAAAAUGUCAAAAAAGUUGUCUACUUGCAUGAGUUCUUCUGUCUGCUUUCAUUUAUCAAAUUUCCUUUUUCUGGGUUUUUCUGCUGCAACUUAACAGUUUAUUUGAGGAAAAAUUCAGAUUUGAAGCUGGCGCGUCAGUGAUGUCUGGCCUCUUCACUCUCAGAAAGCAAGCACACAGAUUUCCACGUUUCAUUUGAGGAGAAUUCUUCCAAAGAUGAGUUUUUCAACUCCUCGCCGAGUUUUGCUUUUGCACAGCCGUUCAGGCUGCAAGCGCCGCACUCGCACUGCAGCUGAUGUCAAGUAUCCCACCGACCCCGACGACUUAACUCUGCUCCUUCCAGAAGUGCCUUUCAGCACAAAACUUAUUGGAUGAUUUUUAAAUGUAAUUUGGAAUAAAACAAAUCUGCAAAAGGGGUUUGCUGAAGAGGAAAUCCGUUUCUAAAACCUGGAGGCCUUUCGAGUACUUUAACUCAGUUUUUUAAAGAUGAGUAAAACAUACGACCAAAUCAAGCCCUAAAAAGAAGAGUUUCUGUGUGUCAAUUCACAGCCCUCACAGAUCGAGAAAGUUUACCCUUCUCUGAAGCUACGUUCACACCAGGCUUGGGACAUGUCUUUAAAAAAACCUUCUUGAAGAUGCUUUUUGCCCCUGGUGUUCACACUAGUCUGUCACUACCAGAUACUAGCGCAUGUUCGCCACCUACAGUUGGAAGAGACUUGGAGCAAAAUAUCAAAGGGAUGCAAAGCUGAUGAAUUUGCUCAAAGGGUUUUCUUUCACAGCUAUGAAAGACUUGGUGUCAUAGAUCCAUUUUGGGACUUUCAUCAAUGAAAGAGGUACUCAUCCAUUGGGUCCAUCCAUUAGAAGGGUACCCAUCUAGUUAGACUUUCAAUGCUUGUUCAAUAGGUGCACGUUUAGUAUGUAGAAACUCAAAAUGGCCUUAAAAAUGUGUGUAGAAAUGCCAUCCAUACGUCUCUUCGAGUCAUGACGAGUCACGACGAGUCCUUGAUUGGUCAAAAUUUAAACUGGUUAAACUUUCAUUGGCAUUUUGUACGUAGAGUCUGAAAACAGUCUUAAAAAUGUGUGUAGCUACUCGUAAAGGUUUUUGAACACAAAACGCACAAUCUAGUUUGAUUCCGAAUUCUUCCCUACCCCUCUGGCUUCUCCCUACCCCUCCGAUUGUAGGGGCAUUAAAAGAGGUAUGAGUAUCCGAAAUAGUGAUUUUAAAGGUUAACUGAGGGUGCGGUAGGAACACAUUUCUUCAUCUGUGUGCCCUCUAAGUUUACAUUAAAAUCUUACAUUUUGAUUUAGCAUGACUUUUUAAAGUUAUGAAACCAAUGUUGUUAUAUAUUUUUGAGCACUGGCAGUUACACACUAACGUUGAUGACCGGUGACUAUUGAUGACAUCAUUGAGUGAGAGAUGCCACUUUUCCAUUUGGAGGGCUAAAUGUAUAGGUAGAGAAAGCCGAAGGGGAAGAAUUCCGAUUUGGCUUUAGAAAGUGGUUGUUUGAACAUUUCCGAGGGCGGUGUGAACGUAGCUCCAAACAACUGUCUUUAACCCUUUAACACCAGAGCUGUCGCUGCGACACCUGAACACACACACACUCUGACGUACCAUCCAUUUGUGUGAUCAAUGUCAAUUGGCUGAUUCUGACCAGGAAAAAAAGGGACAUUUCAUAUCAGCUUUGCUAACGUAAAGUGCUGCAUAAACCACCUUUUCUCCACGGCAGAAUCAGUUAAUUUAUUGCAUGAGCACUUCACUACUGUACUGCUUUUCUCCUCUUUGGAAUCUGCUGGAAUUACAUUAAACGGUUGAAAAGUUACAAUAGCUGAAAGAAUGUAAACACCAAGAGCCAAAGCUCUGGUGUAAAAGGGUUAAACUAGUUUGUAACCUUUUAUCUCCCACAUUGGAAAUAAAGCCCAAAUUCAUUCAAUCCACGAAAUGUCUUCAUUCUGAAGUCGAUGGCCGUCUCGGGGAGAGAAGGGCUGACCAGACACUGUCCUGACCUGCUUGUUCUGCCGUGUGUGCGAGUCUGUGCUGCAGUAAUAGCAGAGCAGAUCCAACAGCAGCCAUAAGGGGGCCCUGUUGCUCUAGGGGAAAGGGCUGGACAAUCAGCACAGCUGCUCUAGCUCAUUCACACCAAGCGCCACAGACAUCCGGACAAUCCCGCUUUCUCUUUCUCCUCCUUCUGAUCUCGUGACGAGGAAUCGCUUCUUUGGUGUUUUAAUCUCGGAGUUGGAGCCUUAUAAUGCCAGUACUAUGUUGAUGUCAAGCAAAGUUGUUGCUAUUACUAUGACAAAUAUUGUUGGAAAGAGUUGUCCUGCAACAUGAAGUAUAGUGAGUAGAGGUGUUUGAAGGAUGUGUAGACAAAUAAAACCUGUGACUAAAUUAACUGCAGUUUAAGUGUGUGAAACAGAAACAAACUGCCAACAUUUGUAACUUGUAAAGUUGAAGUUUUCUGUGGUUCAAAGUGAAAUAGUUGCAUUCAAUGAGUUUUGUGCUCUUUUUUUUUUUUCCUUUACAUUUUUUAUUUACAGUGAUAAUUGUGUUUGCUAAAGCCUCUGCUCUCCAGCGGAGACUCGUGCAUGCUCGUCCGAUGCUUUUCCUUUGAAUGUUUUUUCUUCACUGACAUGAAGAAAAUCACAGUGCCAUCAGUAGCUAGUCUGCAUGAUGUUUAAUGGUUUUACUGAAUUUGCUUGUUUGAAAAAGUCUGACCACACCGUGGCUGAAUGUAACUCGAUUUUAAUGCAACAGUUUUGUCCUUUUUCUGUCUGUGCACAUUUUUGUAAGCUAUGAAAUUAUCGAGAAUAAAUGUUUUUAACUUGUUGGCUCAA